AUGAGUUCAACGGAGCAUGGUGAUAGCCUUUUGACGGCAUUGGUGUCGGGCUGCUCUUCAGCAGCGUUUGUUGCAUUUGCAACUUUCCCUCUCGACUUCUUGAAAACUCUGGCCCAAUUGGAUAAUUCUCACCAGUUGAAGAAAUUCAAUGCUCCUGGCUUCCAACCUUCAUCGAUUGCUCAGAUCAUGAAGGGCAGCAGUGCUCUCGUGACGGGAAAUGUGCUUAAAAACUUCACUCGGAUUUUGCUGUACAAUUGGUCCUCCAACUUCAUGGCUAUCGAUUCGAGGAGCGAUCAGAAGAAAACUAGCGCUCCCAGAGUGGUCAUUGCGGGUGCCAUGAGUGCUACCAUCGAGACGUUCUUAAUAAUUCCUACAGAGAGGAUCAAAAUCACGAUGAUCCAAAACCAGAUCUUGGCUAACGAAAUUGCUAAUUUUCCUGAUAAGAAUAUCGACAUCACCGGUGUCGAUAAGCACCACAAGCUGCUGCAGUCCAUCUUUGCUAGACAGUAUGUUUCUCCCCAUUCGUACUACACCCAUAACUUGCUUACGCAGCUUAAGUCGGGCAAAGGUGCCCUGAAGUUCCAGCCACCAAUGCAUGCUGUCAAAGGACCGUCAGCUAUGGAUGCUCUCAAGCUUGAAUUUAACAAGACACCUGCAUUGACACUAUUGGGUACAAUCCGCCAAAUGUACGCAAUUCACCAAUUACGAGGAUUCUUCAACGGUACGUUCAUCACCUACGCGAGACAAAUCGGCUCGUCCGCUGCCUGGUUUUCGACUUACAACGCCACGAGGCAAUUGUUGGAUCCCCAUACGAAGACAGAAGAGCAGAACUGGUUUAGAUUUCAACAUUCUGCCUGGCAACUGAUUGGGCUCCACGUCAUCUCAGCUGCUGCAGUUAUCGCGGCAACUCAACCUCUUGAUGUCAUCAAAACGCAUAUUCAGUCGAAGAAUGGCUACAUGUUGUACAAGGACUCGCUUUCUACAGCGUAUAAGAUAUUUGUGAGGAAAGGAAUCAUGGGUCUUUUUGCCGGCUCAGUUCCUCGUGGUGUGAAAAUCGGCAUCAACGGAAGUCUUACAGCGCUUUUCUAUCAAUGGAUAGACGGCGGCAUCAACACACUCGCAACUAAAACCGUUUUUACCGAUUAG